CCGUUGGUGCCCGGAUGGAGCGGGAGCUGUGGCUUCGCCAGGUGUCGGCGCUGCAGGCCUGCGGCCGAGGCUUCUUGGUCCGACGCCAGUUCCAGAGACUGCGAGCUCAGUAUGAGGCGAUUGUACGAGAGAUCGAGGGCGACCUGGGCACGCUUCAGUGGACUGAGGGCUGGAUUCCCAGGCCGCGAUUUCUCCCAAAGAAGGCAAAGUCACAUCGGACCUGGAAAGCAGGAGAGAGUAUACCAAAUCCAGAGCAGGAACUAUGGAGCCAUAUCCCAUGUAAAGAGUCUGAGAGAGAGACCAUCUGGGAGGAGAUGGUGCUGAAGAAGUCAGGAGAGAGCUCAGCAAAUCCAGGAACUCGUCUUUGCAAAGAGGACAGCCCUUGGCUUUGGGUUGAGCAAAGCAGGAAAACCAGGAAACCCAACCAAGAGGAGACCAGAGCCAUGUCAAAGAUGGAGAAUCCAGUCACAGGUCCAGGACUGCCCCACAGCCAGCCUGAGCUCCAGGAGCUCCAAUACCACCGCAGCCACUUGGCCAUGGAACUGCUGUGGCUGCAACAGGCCAUCAAUAGCCGUAAGGAGUACCUAAUUCUCAAACAAACACUGAGAUCCCCAGAGGCAGGCCAGACCAGAGACAAGCCCAGCGUGUGCCCAGACCAUGGGAGACAGGCCUGUGAGAGUACCUGGUCACAACCAAGUCCACCACUGGCUGACCGGUCCUACAGAGACAGGACUACUGAAGAGCGACACCAUGAGGAUGACUCCUGCCAGAGGGUCAAAUCACUCCACAAAUCCCCAGAAAGUCUGGCCACGGAAAAAAACACUGCUGCGGCUAAGUGCAGGGAACCAUGCUACAGGAGGGCUGGACCACAGCUGCCUACACCACCAGAUAGCCAGGCUAUAGGGGACAAGUUCAACAAACGGCCAGACCAUGGUGGACAGACCUUUGGAGGGACCUGCCUGCAGCAGACAAAACUGGAGGACCAGACCUCCAGAAACCUCCAACUUAGGGGCCACUGUUCUAGCAAGGCCGAGACACAGCUGCCCACACUCUGUGAGGACCCAAAUAUUGUGGACAAGUCUCUCAGAGGGCCAGACCACAAAGAACCUGACUGCCAAAGAACCAGGCCACAAGAGUCAGGCCUUUCAGAGGACCACAUCAUCUGAGAUGGGACCAAGGCAAGGCCAGAGUAUGGAGGCCUGGAUCUCUGGAGGACUAAACCACCCAAGGGCCAUAGCUACAGUGAUAGAAGCUCCAGAGAUGGAACCUUCAAUGAGCCUAGUCAUGAAGAAUGGAAAAAUGAAAGGACUGUACCAUGGAGAUCAAGGCUGCCUGAGAAUCUGUCUUCCACAGGGUCAGACAACAUAUGAGAGGACCAGUGGAGGGGCAGGACAUGUAAAACAGGACCACCAGGCUAGACCCUGGGGAGCCAGGGGAGGACCAAGUUCCAAGAGGGAUGCUAUGAAAGGGCGAUGAGGAAAACUGGACCUCAUCCUACUGCCCUGGUACCAGCUCUACCUCCUGCUCCUGCCCCUGGCCAUUGGCAGCUAUUGAGACCAAGGGAAGCUGGGGCAGAGAGCUGGCAUGAACGUAGGGAGAGGAGGGAGACGGAUCUGCCUGUGGCUCAAUCCAAAUUUCAGGAUAAGGAGUUACCAUGGAGAAGUAGAAUGGGAGGAGGCCUGA